UGACCUACAGGUAGCCAAGAACUCAUUCUUCUCUCUCCUUUUUGUUCUCACAAACUGUCCUAAAUAUAAUUAUGCCAAAGUUCAAUGUGCAUAAGCAAGGGCAAUAGAGGAGUGGGGACAUUGUGGAACUCUCCAGGAAGGGUAUUACAGCAGGUUCAUGUUGCAGAUUAUAACUACUGAGAACAAGUGAAGCUACACACCUGAGAAGGCAAUAACACUAAAUGGUGACAAACUACCAACCAAAGAGAACACACUUAAGACCAAGAUGUCCACCAAGAAGGCAGAUUUCCAGCGGAGGAUUGUCUCCAAGGAUGGACACAACCAAGUGCGCAUUGACAAUGUGGAGGGCAUGGUAAAGCUCUAUCUCCACGACAUCUGGACCACAGUGGUGGACAUGAAGUGGCGCUACAAGCUCACACUGUUCUCCUCCACCUUCGUCAUGACCUGGUUCCUCUUUGGCGUAAUCUUCUACUUCAUCGGCAUGGGCAACGGUGACUUCAAGGGUGAGCUGCUGUCCAACCACACGCCGUGCAUCAUGAAUGUUGAGACCCUUACCGGCGCCUUCCUCUUCUCCCUGGAGUCGCAGACCACCAUUGGCUACGGUUUCCGCUACAUUACCGACGAGUGUCCGCUGGCCAUCUUCGUCCUGGUGGUCCAGCUGGUCACCACGGGCCUGGCUGAGAUCUUCGUGACCGGGGCCUUCCUGGCCAAGCUGGCACGACCCAAGAAGCGGGCCGAGACUAUCAAGUUCAGCCAGUCGGCGGUGAUCUGCCGGCACGAUGGCAAGCUAUGUCUGAUGGUGCGUGUGGCCAACAUGAGGAAAAGCCUGCUGAUCCAGUGCCAGCUGAUUGGCAAGCUGCUUUCGCCCAACGUGACCGAGGAGGGCGAGAAGACUCUGAUCCACCAGACAGCUGUGGACUUCUACAUGGACUCAUGCGGGGAGUGCCCCUUCCUAAUCCUGCCCCUCACAUUCUAUCACGUGUUGGAUGAGAGCAGCCCGCUGGUGGGGCUGACCGCGGAGAGGUUGCGGACGCGCGACUUUGAGCUGCUGGUCACCCUCAACGCCACCAUGGAAUCCACGGCAGCCACGUGUCAGAGCCGCACAUCGUUCGUUCCCCAGGAGAUCCUGUGGGGCUACGAGUUCAAGCCCGUGCUCUUCAGCACCCCCAGUGGCCGGUACGUGGCCGACUUUAACUUCUUUGACAAGGUGCAGUUAAGCAGCGACCCGACACUCCUCAGCAACAACACAGAGAAGCUGAAACUGGAGGAGGUGUACAAGAAGGAAUAAGGGAGGACACUCAAACAUGUUGGGCACACUGGUAACGAACAUGAUACACUUUAAUGGUUGUUUUACCAUAGUUACUGUCUAGAAACAAUUUGGAAAUACACCCAGCUAGCAAAUUUGGUUCCUUGGAAGUUGUGGGAACGUAUGUUUUGGUUUCACAUUGGUUAUGGGAACGAAGCCAUAUGUUUCCAUAAGUUUAUCAUUUUGACCUGUUCGGGGAACAUUUAUUUUUAGGUUGCAGGAAGACCCUGAGAAAGUUUUACUCUGGUUCCUUUAAAGUUUUUCUGGGAGGUUUUAUUAAACCUAAACCUAAACCCUAGCUUAUUUUGGGUUAAUGUUUUUGAACUCGAAGCAUUUCCUUGAGCAUUAAUCAUGCAAACACAUGUAUUUUUUAUUGUGACACAGCAUCAGUGGGAUUUGAACCUUUGAACCUUUGAUCUUCUGUUUUCUAUCCAUGGAAUUAGUCCACUGCGCCAUCAAGAAGGAGCUAACAUGGCAUAUUUUUUACACAUACAAAGCUGUUAAUUUUAGUAUGCUCAUACACACCUAAUUUCAAAGGAAACGAGAACUCAUUAAGAUCAGACGUGGCCAAUUAGUGGCCGCGGCCAACACACCUGAACACACUUAACAAGAUACAGGCUAGAGAGAGUUUUGUAGAUGCUGAGAACAUAAUGUAUAUGUUUUUAAAUAUCAAUCUUAGAACAUUCUCUAAACGUUACAAAAGUUUACUUGAGGAUUUGGAUAGAAUGGAUAGAAUGGAUGACUUUAAAUAUAACCAUGAGGAAGCCUGUAGGAAACAUUAUACUGAAGUCCUGAAAUUCCCACAGAAUAACAUUGUUUCUUAAUGUUCUUGGAACAAUUCGAUAAUGUGACUUUGAACAUGACCAUGACCACACAUUGACUCUGUACCGGUACCCCCUGUAUAUAGUCUCGCUAUUGUUAUUUUACUGCUGCUCUUUAAUUACUUGUUCCUUUUAUUUCUUAUUCUUAUUAAUAUUUUUUAAAACUGCAUUGUUAGUUAGGGGUUUGUAAGUAAGCAUUUCACUUUAAGGUCUACACCUGUUGUAUUCGGCGCAUCUGACUAAUACAAUUUGAUUUGAUUUGAGGAACUGUAAUGCUGAAGUACUGAAAUUCCCACAGAAGAACGUUGUUUCUUAACAUUCUCUGAACUAUUUGAGAACAUUCCCAAUGUCAAACCAGUUGGAGAACGUUUCUAGAACAUUACCAAUGAAAUAAAACCAUGUUUGAACUUUUAGGAAACAUUCUGUUAAAGUAAUGAAAUACCAAGAAAAUAAGUUCCUUAAAUGUGCUGAGAAUGUUCCAAAGAAACUAUCUUGCAUCAGUCCCAGAAAGUUGUGGGAAGGUUGUUUCUAAAAUAACCAUAGGACAACCACACUCUCAACAAGCUCUAAUAACCAUAGGACAACCACACUCUCAACAAGCUCUAAUAACCAUAGGACAACCACACUCUCAACAAGCUCUAAUAACCAUAGGACAACCACACUCUCAACAAGCUCUAAUAACCAUAGGACAACCACACUCUCAACAAGCUCUAAUAACCAUAGGACAACCACACACUCAACAAGCUCUAAUAACCAUAGGACAACCACACUCUCAACAAGCUCUAAUAACCAUAGGACAACCACACUCUCAACAAGCUCUAAUAACCAUAGGACAACCACACUCUCAACAAGCUCUAAUAACCAUAGGACAACCACACUCUCAACAAGCUCUAAUAACCAUAGGACAACCACACUCUCAACAAGCUCUAAUAACCAUAGGACAACCACACACUCAACAAGCUCUAAUAACCAUAGGACAACCACACUCUCAACAAGCUCUAAUAACCAUAGGACAACCACACUCUCAACAAGCUCUAAUAACCAUAGGACAACCACACUCUCAACAAGCUCUAAUAACCAUAGGACAACCACACUCUCAACAAGCUAUAAUAACCAUAGGACAACCACACUCUCAACAAGCUCUAAUAACCAUAGGACAACCACACUCUCAACAAGCUCUAAUAACCAUAGGACAACCACACUCUCAACAAGCUCUAAUAACCAUAGGACAACCACACUCUCAACAAGCUCUAAUAACCAUAGGACAACCACACUCUCAACAAGCUCUAAUAACCAUAGGACAACCACACUCUCAACAAGCUCUAAUAACCAUAUGGUUCUCAGAACGUUAUGUGCUAGCUGGGCAUAGUACAGAAAUAUAUAUGUUUGUAUAACUUAUACACCUAAUGAGUGAAUGCUGACAAAUUUACGCAAAAUAAAUAAUGUACCUGAUCAGUGUGUAUCUGGUCAGAGUACAUUCAUGUGCUGUGUACCGUAUAUUUGGCAUAUUGUUUGUAUUUACAAGCUUUAUAAUAGGAGUAUGUGGACAUGCAUUCAGAAUAAGGACUGCGUCUCAGGUGCUGGUGUUUGUGUAAUUGAAUUUGUGGCAGUAACUGUAUUAGAAAAAAUUAUGGAGGAUUCCAGGAAAACAGAACAAGAUGUUGUUACUUUUUAUCACGCAAGUUGUAUAUUUUAAUGAAUUAUACAUAUUUCACUCAAAAGGUAGAUGGGGAUAUAGCAAAACUAGUUUGAGAUAAUUGCUGUGUAAUGCUUAAAAGCUGUGUUCCAUCUGUAUCUCUGAAUAAACCAUUGGCUUUCAAGAAUAUAUGAUCCAUAUA